AUAGCUGCUUGCUUCGCUUGGGGCGGCGUUGGGACGCGAAUGGAUGAAGCAGAGCUCAAUUUAGGGGCAACACUAUCGCCCUCGAGAGAUGAAAAAGAAGCUUUGUUGUUACUCCUGAGCCUCCCUUCGGUCGCAAACGUGCGGGUACCCGACGAGCGUGACAACACGAAAAGAAAACCAGGUCCACCACCACGCUACUUUCCCAUCACGAGUUUCCCAUCCACGGCGCACGUACCAAGCGGACGCCAGUGCCUAAGCAGCGGUGGUACAAUUAACAGCAUGGACGUGGACGUUUCCUGCGCCCUUCCCCAGAAAAAUGGGUCGAAAAGGUGGAUGUCACAAUCGGUGUCCGCGGCGGUGUGGGAUGAUGAGGACGGAGGGGAGACCGACCAGGUGCCGAUGACAAGUGAAGACGACGACGAGGAGGAGGAGGAGGAAGAAGAGGGGGAAGGAUGGGGGGAGGAGGAGGAAGAGGUGGCAGGAGAAAAGAAGGAGACGUACUCAAGCCCUCUGAGAUCCGGCCAAGUCGCCCAGAGGAGGGAGGGAACAGGAAGGGAAGACGCGGAGGGAGAAGUCUUACAAGCCGUGGGGGCUGGGGAGGAGGAGGAGGAGGAGGAGGAGGAGGAAGGGAGAGAGGACGAGGAGGUGACGUUUUUCUCCUGA